AUGGCAUCUCAAUUGGUUUCAGAGCUCAACAAGACAAAAUUUGGUUUAGGAUUAAUGACCUUCACCAUCAACAAUCCACCACGUACCCAAGAUCAAUUCAAUGAAGUCGUCUUAGCUACAAUUAAAAAGAAUUUACCUGCCAAAACAUUCGUUAACGGUGGUGAAUUUUAUGGUCCAGAUGAUCUCAAUUUGAAAUAUAUCAAGUCAUUUGUUGAUACUCAUCCAGAACAAAGACAAAAUUUGAUCAUAUCAAUCAAAGGUGCUUUUGAUUUUGUUACUUUAAAACCAACUGGUGAUAAAAAAGGUAUUGAUAAGUCAAUUGACCACAUCUUGGAAUAUAUUCCAGAUUUGGAUACAUUUGAACAAGCAAGAAUAGACCCAACACUCCCAUUAGAAGAAAGUAUUGAUGCUUUAAACGAAGCUGUUGACCAAGGAAAGAUUAAAGGUAUUUCUUUCUCAGAAAUCAAUGAAAAAACUUUAGAAAAAGCUGCUAAACUUGUUAAAACUCCAAUUGUUUCAGUUGAAGUUGAAUUUUCCAUUUUCUCAAGAGACAUUUUAAAGAAAGGUGGUCUUGCUGAAAAAGCUGGUGCUUUAGGAGUUCCAAUUAUUGCUUAUAGUCCAUUAUCCAGAGGUUUGUUAACUGGUGAUAUCAAAAGCGCUGCUGAUGUUCCUAAAGAUAUGCGCUCUCAUUUGGAUCGUUUCACUGGUGAAAAUUUGGAACAUAAUUUGAAGAUUGUUGAAUACAUCCAACAAAAAGCUGAAGAAGCUGGAACUACAAUUGUUGAAUAUGCUUUAGCUUGGGUUAGAGCUUGGAGUGGAAGAACUGUUGAUGGUGUCAAAUAUGCAAAAAUUAUUGAUAUUCCAAGUACAAGUACCUUAAAAAGAGUUGAUCAAAACUUUUCUGAUUUUGUCUUAACUGAAGAACAAUUUGAUGAAGCUAAUAAGUUUUUGGAAACAGUCACUGUUAAAGGUAGAAGAUACAAUGAAGCUUUUGAAAAGUAUUUAGAUCUUUAA